UCAUUUAAAAAAAAGUUAUAAUAUCGAUUUGGACGCCGAAUGGGAAUCCGGUAAACAGAAUAACGUCAUUCUCUUCUGACAACAUUUACUGAGAGGUUAUCCAUACUUUAUCAUUGUUAUCACAUACACAUGAGGCGAAAGUAGUGGCCAAACUCAAACCCUUCUCACCAAUUGAAGUAAAAGCUAAAAACCAUGUUGGUGGAGCAGAAGAUAUUUAUGGAAAUUUACAAGAUAUACUAGAUAAAAAAGCAUCAGAUUACUAUACUUUUGGUGAAGAAGAAAGCAUUUACGAUCAUGUUGAAAAAGUGGAUGAAAAGAUUUAUGACAGUAUUAUACAUCGACGAUCCAGUGUUAAUGUUGUUGUUGAUGAUAAACCUAUGGAUAAGCGAGCACAUAUUGUUAAUGAAAUAAUCGAAACAGAAGAAGGUUAUUUAAAAGCAUUAAAAGUCAUGGUUGAUGUUUAUAUCAAAUCUUUAAAACCGCACAUGUCACCUAAGGAUAAAGACAUUGUAUUCAUGAACACAGAACAAUUAUUUGCUGUGCAUCUUAACUUCAAUCGCGAUUUAACAAUAAGAAAGUCUGGAAUGGUGAAAAUAAAUUACCAUGUCUUUACAUCAUAUAAAGAAAGAUUUUUGAUAUAUGCUAACUACUGUACUGAUUUACCAACGGCUCAGCAGCAGAUUAUAGAGUUGUGCAAGUCUUCUGUUUUUAGAGAGAAAGUGGAUGCAUGUAAUAGAACUGCUGAAAGAAAAUUUCCAUUGCAAGAACAAUUAGUUGUUCCAUUUCAGAGGAUUUUAAAAUAUCCAUUAUUGCUAAGGGAUCUUAAAAAGCAUACUCCAUUGGAUCAUGAUGAGAGAGCAGAUGUUGAAAAAGCCUUUGAUGCAGUUGAUGAUAUUGCCAAGUUUAUUAACGAAUACAAGAGAGAUGCUGAAAUGGUGAAACUCAUUAGUCAAAUAGAAGCAAGUGUAAAGUAUGAUGUUCAAUUACAAGGGGCAAAGUUCAAUCAGUAUGGAAAGCAUAUAAAAAAUGGUGACAUUCAAGUCAAGUUUGACAGUAAUGAUAGAACAAUAUUAAAACGUUACGCUUUUUUGUUUGAACGGUGUAUGCUGUUGUGCAAGAGCAAAGGGGAUACAUACGAUGUUAAAGAAUAUUUUGACUUAAAAUCAUAUAAACUUUCUGAUACUCCUCCAUUUGGAAGGGGAAAGUUUAGUAAUGGUUGGUCUCUACAGAGUGUCUCCAAUGAUGGAAUUUUGGAAACUAAAAAUUGUACUAUCUUCGCAAAGACGCAACCUGAAAAACUACUGUGGGUAACAGAAAUAUCCAGAUGCAUAGAAGCUGUUACUUUAUCAGAGUUGCAAGGAAAGUUAGAUAAACAUACUUUUGAGUUGACCACAUUUGAGACACCUCAUGUCUGUUCAAAAUGCUCCAAGCUACUUAGGGGUCAGAUAAGCCAAGGAUACAGAUGUACAGCAGGUUGUAAUACAGUUAUGCAUAAAGAAUGUUUGCUGAACUGUCCUGAAUGUAAACCUCCUCCAAGUAAACCUAUAACAUCAAAGCCUUCCAUCCAUUUAAAACCACGUGAUGAAGUAGAUAGUCCAAUUUCACCAUCAGCUCAAAUCAACUCACCAACUCAGAAAAGUCUCAAAAACUUUCCAUGGUACGCAGGUAAUAUGUCACGUGAUGAUGCUACUGCAUUGCUUAACAACCAAUGCGACGGUGCAUUUUUAAUUCGAGAAAGCCCUAAUCAACCCGGUUUAGCGAUCAGUAUACGUUAUAAAAACGAUACAAAACAUAUUAAAAUUGGUAACGUUAACAAUAAAUAUUUUUUAACUGAACCAAAGCAAUUCUCAAGUGUUCUAGAGCUGAUUAAUUAUUAUAAAGCGAAUUCUCUUGGGGUUAGCUUCCCAACUCUUCCAACAAAAUUGACUAAAGCUGUAGCACAAAAAGUUAAGCGAGUUAUGGUUGCGAAGUUUUCCUGGCAAGCUAGAACAGAGCAAGAACUUUCAUUUCAACCUGGUCAACGAAUUAGUGUUAUUACAGACGAUGGUAAUUGGUGGUACGGUGAAAGCCAGGGCAAGGAAGGUUAUUUUCCUAACAACUAUGUUGAAUGAAUAAGAUUUUAGGCCUCUAUUAAUCGUUUCUAACCGUGAUAUCGUAUGCCAAGUAAUUGGUAGCUAUUUUCUGAUCGUGCGCAGAUUUUCAUUUUAAGAAAGAUUAGAUCUGACGUUAAAAGUCAAUAUGGUUGAAAUUCAUGAACAGUUAAAAGACUAUUUAUAGACCUUCAAUAGACAAUUUAAUCGUUUUUCUGUGAACUUUUUAAAUUUCGUUUUAAAAGUUA